GCUCACUCAACUAUCCUCUUCAUUGGAUGUAAAGAAGCCAAGUGCGACUUAUCAUAAAACUAGAUUUGACUCUUUAUCGAGUAGAAGAUAUGCCAUCCUCCAUGGAACUGUUCAUUAAAUGGGCUGUAUGCACUUCCCUGGUUCUUAUCCAUAUCCCAGGGACUGACGGCUCAAUAGUGAAUUUCCACAAAACCUGCAUAUGUGCCAGUAACAUCGUGAGCUGCUCCAAAAUGAACUUAACUACUGUUCCGUCUGAGCUGCCCAAGUACACAGCAGUGCUCGACCUGAGCUAUAAUAACAUCACCAAACUACGUGCAGAGUGGACCACGUACGAGCUCUCCAAACUUCACAACCUCUUACUGAGCCACAAUGGCUUGCAUUUCAUCUCUACUGAAGCUUUCCUUUAUGUUAAGGACUUGCGCUACUUGGACCUGUCCUCUAACAGCAUCCGCCAACUGGAUGAGAACAUUUUUGAACAGCUAGAGAAUCUAGAGGUGCUUCUGCUCUACCACAAUCACAUCUCCCAGAUCGACCGCACUGCCUUUACAGGCCUCAGCAACCUGCAGAAGCUCUACCUGAGCCAGAACCAGGUAUCGCGCUUCCCUCUGGAGCUGGUUAAGGACAAGACACAACUGAAACAGCUGAGCUUAUUGGACUUGUCUUCCAAUCGGAUCAAAGUCCUCCCCAUUCAAGACCUGCAGGACCUCCCAUCCUGGCUCAAGAAUGGACUAUACUUCCACAAUAAUUCGCUCAUCUGUGAUUGUGAGCUGUACAGCUUGAUGACACACUGGUAUAUGCGACAACUAAACUCAGCUGUGGAUUUCAAAGAUGAUCACAUCUGCACACCACCAGGACUGAAGAAAAGCUUGCAUAUUUUUGAACUAAACAUGCAUAUGAACUGCAGCACAUAUAAUGAAUCAGUGCAAGAAGCCUUUUUGGAGCAGUCACUGGUCCUUAAGUGUGAUACACGGCAUCGAGACAUGUCCAAAGUAAUUUGGAUGUUACCUGGAAAUGUAGUAGUAGCACCUGGAAUGAACCAGACUGCUAAAGUUCUAGAAGAUGGCAGCUUGAAGAUCAGUCCAAUAAAACACGAGGACUCUGGUCAGUAUACCUGCUUUGCUGUAAGCGAAUACCUUAACGAAACCCUGUAUGUGUGGGUGAAGGUACAUAACUUCACUCUUAAUGGAAACAGCGAGACCCUCAAUACAGCAUACACAACUUUGGUGGGAUGCUUGGCCAGUGUGAUCCUGGUGCUCAUCUACCUGUACUUGACCCCUUGCCGGUGCUUCUGCUGUCCAGGACAAGGGAAGUCCAAUAACCAUCAUGAGGAUAGUAUUCAUUCAUCCAUGCUCAGCGCCACCCCAACUCAUGAGGAUCUGGCGACUAAAGCAGAGCCCGAUAGGCAUGUUGCCUUCAUAGAUCCCAAGGACCUGCAGGGCCAGAAUGGGAAAGUGAAUCGCAGUGGGGAGGAGGAGCUGGAGGAUGAGGCUAAGCAUGGGAAAGGAAAGAGAAAGAAAUCAGUGGCAGACUCAAUUAGCUCAGUCUUCUCUGACACACCCAUUGUGGUCUGAAUGGAUCCUGU